GCUUCAGAGUCCCCACCCAUGUUGGAACUCUUAUCUCAGGUGGACAUGGCCUGCAAGAGCUGUACUUCCCCCAGGGCCCUGGUCUGGGUCCUGCAACUGACCCUGGCAUGGAUCCUGCUAGGGGCCUGUGGAGGGAGCCAUUCACUCCCCAUUGGGUCCCAAAGACACCAUAGGCUGGUGGCUGCUCUGGGCACAGGCCAGCUACACCUCGCAGAGAUGGACACAUUAGAGCCAUUGGACCCUGGAAUCCUCUUAGAGGGCUGCGGGGGGCCCAGCCCUGGGUGCGAAUCCUUCCUGGGACAACUCCAAGUUGCCCUCCGCAGUCGCUUCCGCUUCCGGCUAUUGGGGAUACACCAGACACAGCCGCUCUGCGCAGAGCUCUGCCAGGCCUGGUUUGCCACCUGCAAAAGUGAUAUUACCUGUGGCCCGACUUGGCUCCCACUCCUAGAAAAGAGGGACUGCAACCCUGACUGCAGUACCUAUGGCCAGACCUUCACUGACGGGGUGGACCUUUGCCGCUCGGUUCUUGGCUCUGCGCUGCCGGUGGCUGUCCCUGGUGCUGGCCACUGCCUCAACAUUUCUACCUCGCAUCCCAGACAGAGACGAAGGGCCCAGAAAGCCACCUUCCCGCGCUCCCACCACCCUCGCACCUGGAUCGUGGAUGCUGCAGGCAGCGGGAGUGGCAGUGGAAGCGGCAGUGGCCGCUAG